UCCGCUAGCGUCAUCUGGCAACGACAAGCAUUGAACAACUUCAACCUUCUUCGAACUGCAGCAUCCAAGCUCAAAUCACCAAGAUGUUGUGUCUCCGAUGUUCUCAUGGCUUCAAUGCUGCAUUGAAGCCUUCCACAUUCUCCCAGCCAGCAGUGAGGUCCUUCUUCAAGGCAUUUUCAAGGAGAACCUUCACAUCUUUCCGCGGACCAUCUCGACCAACUGUAUUCCCUUCAUCCUUCACAUUCCCAGCGUCUCUUUCCGCCUCACCCUUGCCCAUCUCUGCGGAGACCCUCGACCUCCUCCCCAAGAUCUCGACCCAUCCUGCAUUAGGAGCAACACAGAUUCGAUGCGGUCCGAGAAAUACGUUUAGUCCAAGUCAUUUCGUUAGAAAGAGGCGGCAUGGAUUCUUGAGUCGGAUUAGGACGAGGAAAGGCAGGAUGACUUUGGCACGAAGGAGGGCGAAGAAGAGGAGUACUUUGAGUCAUUGAGGCGUUGGAAUGGGAGGAUUCUUUGCAUGUCAUGGAACCGAAUUGUAGCAAAUCCUCGCAUGUGAAGGAAUGGUUCUGUAUAUCAGUGGAAAUGCCAGCCUGGCUUGUACGAAUAUGAUGGAACAGCAGCAGAACAACUCAAUGCAUAGCUUGGUCAACCUAACCCCUGGACCUGGGAAUUCUGCUUUGAAUAUGAGUCCAUAAAUUUCCCAGUUAUCAAAUGUUGGC